UGUCCUUUGUUCGGGUAGGAACAGUUCUGCUGGCCGGUCGUCACUUCCUGUGAAUCUCUGAUAAAGACGAGCCUGGCGGUUUCUCCGCGGGUCAAAUUUUUUUGGGUUUGUUCGGUGAAUCCGGCGUGAAUCGGGGCCAUCAGAACCGCAAACAUGACGGUGGGUAAGAGCAGCAAGAUGCUGCAGCACAUUGACUUCAGGAUGAGGUGCAUCCUGCAGGACGGCCGGAUCUUCAUCGGCACCUUCAAGGCCUUCGACAAGCACAUGAACCUGAUUCUGUGCGACUGCGACGAGUUCAGGAAGAUCAAGCCAAAGAACUCCAAGCAGCCGGAGCGAGAAGAGAAGAGGGUUCUGGGUCUGGUUCUGCUGAGAGGGGAGAACCUCGUCUCUAUGACGGUUGAGGGCCCGCCUCCUAAAGAUACCGGCAUAGCUCGUGUCCCGUUGGCGGGCGUGGCUGGUGGUCCCGGUGUGGGUCGUGCAGCAGGUCGUGGUGUCCCAGCAGGAGCUCCGAUGCCUCAGGCUCCGGCUGGACUCGCCGGGCCCGUCAGAGGGGUGGGCGGUCCUUCACAGCAGGUGAUGACGCCACAGGGCAGAGGGACGGUUGCGGCGGCAGCAGCAGGAGCGAGUAUCGCAGGUGCUCCCACACAAUACCCACCUGGACGAGGAGCCCCGCCCCCGAUGGGCAGAGGGGCCCCGCCUCCUGGUAUGAUGGGCCCACCCCCUGGCAUGCGGCCACCGAUGGGUCCUCCAAUGGGGAUGCCUCCUGGUCGAGGUGCUCCGAUGGGGAUGCCUCCCCCGGGCAUGAGGCCGCCGCCCCCUGGCAUGAGAGGACCGCCUCCUCCCGGCAUGAGACCGCCCCCCCGGCCCUGAGGAAGCCCCGCCUUCUCACACUCACUUGUUGUAUAGAUCUUUUUUUUUUUUUUUUUUUUUUAUCCGUUUUGUGUUUUUUUUUUUUUAAAUAAAGUUUCUUCAGGGUGGUUUGAUUUCAGCGAGGCUGUCUGUUCAUUUUCUAUGGUAACCAGUUCAAUAAAAGUCUGGAGUAACAGCCAA